UGAAUAUUAAUCCUUGGAUGAAGAUGUUCUGAAACCAGAGACACAAGCAAAGCACUUUAGAAACAAAACAUUUAAAUGUCAACACACAAUAAUCAUCGUACCCGAUCUAAAUAUAUAUAUGUCGUGACGUGGCAUAUUUCUGUCUCCAAACAAUCAAAAGUUGCCCAGAUAAAAACGGUGUCACAAUGUAGGGUCUAGACUUUAUAGUUACAAAUGUACGUUUGCAUGGAAGACAACCCGAUAUAACUGUGGAACCAAAAUUUAGCCUGAUAAUAGCUUGAAUACUACAUAAUACCCCUUUGUAUUCCCUGGAGGUGAGGAUGGUGGGUAGGGACGGACUGAUGGCGGCCGUGGCGGGUGGCCUGGGGGGCGGGGUCCUGGCCUGGAAGGCUUUCUACCCCAGCCUUGUUGACGACAUCAGGACAAUCCGCAGGAUCAGAAAACCUCAAGAGCUCACCACCCGAGAUGUUACGUCACGACGGCUUGUAAUAGAUAUGUUCGAAGAGACUUCUCGACUCCACCCUGAGAGAGUCUUCGUCGUGUUUGAAGAUAAAAUUUACACUUAUUCAAUGAUCAACUCUAUGGCCAGUAGAGUAGCAAAUAUAGUGGCUCGAUGGAACCUCAGUAUAGGCGAUGCAGUGGCUAUGAUGAUAUAUAAUUCCCCAGAAUUUCUCUGGACAUUUCUAGGUCUUCUGAAGUUGGGACUUGCCGGAGCUUUUAUCAACUAUCAUCUACAAGAAGAGCCAUUAAUUCACUCUCUAACAGCUAGCCAGACUAAGUAUCUCAUUGUCGGUAAAGGUCCUGAACUUCUAGAUACAAUUAAGAGUGUUAGUGACAAACUUCCUGCAGACUUUAAAAUCUUUGUCUCCGGAGCCACAGCUGACUCGCUCCCCGAUAAAUUUACAUCGUUUGAUGAACAAAUGAUGCAGUCUCUUCCUGUAGCUGUCUGCAAAUCAACACGAGAGAAGGUGACGCUCCGAAGCCCAGUCUGCUACAUUUAUACUUCCGGCACGACGGGAUUACCAAAGCCAGCAAUUAUUAACCAAGCCAAAGCAAUCAGACAAACACAUGGUUACCGCGCUAUCGACUUCACUCAGCAGGAUGUGACGUAUGUUGUGACACCAUUAUAUCACAGUGCUGCCACCUGUGUUGGCGUCUUUAAUACAAUAGGAGAAGGUGCGACCAUAGUCCUACGGAGGAAGUUCUCAGCAAGUCAUUACUGGGAAGAUGUCCGUAAAUAUAAAGUGACCGUCAUUCAGUACAUAGGAGAGCUGUGUCGAUAUCUGCUCCGUCAGCCAAAGAAUCCACUGGACGGCGUUCAUUGUGUAAGAGCGGCAUUUGGUAACGGACUUCGCAGUGACAUUUGGAGGGAAUUCAAGACACGUUUUAAUAUUCCUCAAAUCUACGAGUUUUUUGGCGCCACAGAGGGAACUGCUAUUUUACUGAAUUGUUGUAAUAAAGUCGGUGCGCUAGGAAGAUGGUCUCCUCUCAUAAGAUGGAUGAACGGCAAAGGAAAAGGAUUCUGCAUUGUAAAAUUCGAUCCAAUAACGAACAAGCCAAUCCGCGGGAAGGAAGGAAAGUGUGUUCUCAUAAACCCAGGUGAAACCGGUUUGCUUCUAGCUGUAAUGCCACCCAAUACUAAUAAAAUUUACCUGGGAACAAAAGAAAUGGAUGAUAAGAAAAUUGUACGAGAUGUUCUCGAAAAUGGCGACACUUUCUUUAAUUUUGGUGACUCUGUGUACCUAGACUUCGAUUACUAUGUGUAUUUCCGGGACAGAAUUGGUGAUACCUUCAGGUGGAAAGGUGAGAAUGUUUCAACAACAGAGGUGGCUCAUGUUAUGACGCAACUUAAUUUUAUUCAUGACGUCAAUGUGUAUGGCAUACCAAUUUCCGGAAGUGACGGUAAGGCUGGCAUGGCAGCCGUUCAGCUAGAAGACGGUCAUCUGAUGACAGAUGAAACUCUCAAAAAACUCUACGAACAUGUAUUCAAGCACCUCCCGCACUAUGCUCGCCCCAUUUUCAUCAGGGUGGUCGCAGAGUUUGUAACAACUCAGACAAUGAAGCACCGGAAGUUGGAGCUGGUGGAGGAGGGAUUCAAUGUAGAUUUAAUCAAGGACCCACUUUUUGUGAUAAAUCAUAAGUCAAAGACAUAUGAUCGUCUCAAUAGCUCAAACAUUGGCACCAUAGUAACAUCCAGACUUUAAAUACAGUAUACAUUUACAUUUAGAUGACUGAUGUUUAUACUAAACAUAGUUUUACUGUAAUUAUAUUUUGCUGCAUGAUAAAAGGCAGUGAGUGGGAAGAAAUCGGUGCUCUACCAAGCGCGUCAAACACUCACAAUAAAGGUUUUGGUCAAUCAG